CGUGAACCAUAUAAGUUCUGCGUCACACAGGCUGCUUGUGCUGUUCCUUGCCAUGGCCGGAGUGCUUGGGUGUCUCUUGAUUCUGGUCUACUGCAUUUAUAACCGGCAACAUAAAGAGGACAUGUUCUCGCACCACAGACUCUAUGGAGAAGGCUUUGAAGACCCAGUGCUUCAUCUGGACACCCCCGUAGAUCACUUUGAUUUCUUCGCCUUCAGAGACACGGAAAUAACCCCCACCCCAACUCCACAGCAUAAACCUCGGAGCAUUAUUAAUAUUAACUAUGAAAAUGAGUUUGAAGCCGAACCGCCCAAAGACAAACCUUCCGAUGAACAUCAGAAGCAGGCCAUCCAGAUGGACACUCUUAAUAAUACCACAUAGGAGUCUGCUUCCCAGGUUUAGGAGACCUCCGACACUCGUCGACCACAUUCUAUUUCUAUGAUGACGCUUCAAACAAUAGUUACUUUGCUUACAUUUUAUUAA